AGGUCAUUUGCGUUUGAAUAACGCAUUAGUGUGUGAUGGAGAUUUUACUCAUGUGCGUUGUUCAGCGCACGUGCUAAAUCUUAUCGUUCAAGCCGGAUUGAAAGCAAUUGAAGGGGCCAUUGAAAAGGUUCGAGAGUCGGUGAAAUAUGUGAGAGCAAGUGCUGCUAGGAAGUAUAAGUUUGCGGAAUGCAUACAAAUACUUUCACUACAAUGUGGGAAGCAUGUUCGUCAAGAUAUUGUAACGAGAUGGAACUCUACAUAUCUUAUGCUUGAUUGUGCAUUAGCUUAUCAACGGGCUUAUACUCGGUUAGCCUUAGUUGAUUCAGUUUUUAAAACUUCUCCGUCAGAAGAGGAAUGGGCACGGGUGGAAAUAAUCACACGACUUUUGAAAACCUUUUUAUGAAAUCACUACUUUGUUUUCUGGAAGCUCCUAUCCUACCUCGAACUUAUAUUUUCAUCACGUGUGGAGAAUUCAGUUGUAUAUUGAAGAGGAGAUGUGCAAUGCGGAUCAAGUUAUUAGUGACAUGGCGAAAGACAUGAAAGAAAAGUUUGAUAAAUAUUGGAAAAAUUAUUCCAUGAUUUUGUCUUUUGCGGUUAUUCUAGAUCCUCGGUACAAGGUUAAGCUUGUUGAAUAUUGUUUUUCAAAGCUUAACAUGACAUUUGAAGAGCGUGAAAUGAAAUUGAAGUGUAUUGUGGAUGGUAUGCAUAAGCUAUAUGAUACAGAGUAUAAUAUUCAAUCGAAGACAAUGCAUGAUUCUUUAAUACCCGAGAGUUCAAAUGUUGGUGGCAAUACGCUCGAUGAAAUGGAUGGGUUCGAUACAUUUCAAAGCCAAUUCAAAGUUGCUGAUAAUGAAAAGUCACAGUUGACAUUGUAUUUGGAGGAACAAAACGUUGAUAGAAAAGUAGAACUUGAUGUUUUACAAUAUUGGAAGGAAAAUCAAGUAAGGUAUCCAAAACUGGCUAUAAUGGCUCGCGAUAUAUUGAGCAUCCCGAUUACUACUGUUGCUUCCGAAUCAUCUUUCAGUAUUGGAGGUCGGGUGUUAAGUAAGUAUCGAACUUCAUUGCUAUCAUCAAAUGUUGAAGCAUUGCUAUGCACACGUGAUUGGUUAUUUGAUUUAAAAGAUGAAAACGAGAACGAAAUGGAUGAAGAUCUUGUUGAAGACAUUGAAGCAUUGAUUCCAACUUUUGGCAACUUUUAGGGACUUUAAAGGAAGCAUCCAUGAAGAAGCGCAAUUCGUCAAGACGUUUUGUAUGUUAUUGAAUUAGAUCUUUUGUAAAUGCAAGGAACCGA